GACGAUGAGCCAGAUGAUUGGGACAAGCGUAUCUUCAGCACUGGAUGUUCCGUCGAAAACACACGUCUAAACGACUGCUUCUUCGAAAAGAAGGAUUGGAGACAGUGCAAGUCAGAGAUGGAGGAGUUCAAGCAGUGCUGGAAGAAGCAGGGAAAUGAUCGCAGGACGGAUCAGAAG